UAGAAUCUGAGUUCUGACCUUUGGAAAUAUCGUUGUUGUGGUGAAGUGAAGUGAUGAUAACUCGUCCGCGGCCCGCGUGACGGGCGCCAUGUGGCGCGCGCUGGUGCCGGCGCUGCUAGUGCCGGCGCUGCUAGUGCUGGCGGGCGGCGCAGGCGGCGACGGUGGCGGCUGUGCCGAGCCGCUGCCGGCGGGUUGCGCGUGCGGCGCGGCGGGCGCGGGCGCGGCGUGGGGCACGCGCCUCUCCUGCCGCGCCGCCGGGCUGCGCGUGCUGCCGCCUCUGAACGCCGCCCUGCUUGAACUGGACCUGUCGCACAACAACAUCACGACGUUGCCGCGCGGCGCGCUGCAGCCGGCCGCCUCGCUGCGCGACCUCCGGCCGCCUCGCUGCGCGACCUGUGAGUACCUACCUGUCGCACAACAACAUCACGACGUUGCCGCGCGGCGCGCUGCAGCCGGCCGCCUCGCUGCGCGACCUGUGAGUACCUACCUGUCGCACAACAACAUCACGACGUUGCCGCGCGGCGCGCUGCAGCCGGCCGCCUCGCUGCGCGACCUGAACUUGUCGGCGAACAUGCUGGAGUCGGUGUCGGCGGGCGCGCUGUACGGCGAGGGCGGCGCGGGCGCCGCGCGGCUGGCGCGCCUCGCGCUCGACGGCUGCGGGCUGAGCGCUCUGCCCGCGCAUGCGCUGCGGAAGCUGCACCACCUGCACUACCUGUCAGCUGAUGACAACCUGCUGGAGGAGGUGGAGGCGACCGCGCUGGCGGGGCUGCGCGCGCUGCGCUCGCUCCGCCUCGCGCGUAACCGGCUGCGGGCGCCGCCGCGCGCCGCGCUGGCGCACACCAAGCGGCUGGACUUGCUGUAAGUCACGUGCUACAGUCA